AUGUCUCUACCUCCCCUACCAUUUAAAGUUAAGACCACCGUUUCAUGGCCAGGAGAGGAGUCAGGUGACUUGGGGUUUCUUGAAAAUGAAUUGAUUCAAGUAUUCUCCAUUGUUGAUGAGAGUUGGUGGAGUGGGAAGCUACGUCGAAAUGGAGCUGAGGGUAUUUUCCCUCGAGAAUAUGUUAGCAUAAUGGAAGAAGAAACAUCAAGAACUCCUCCUUCAGGAAUGGGUACCCCUACAAAAAAGAACCAGGCAAAUGGAAUCACCAAAUCAGGAGGGGCCCAAAUCCAAAAGCAAACUUCGAACCCCAUGUUGAAUUACAAACUGGGGGGAAUCUCAUCACCAUCAAGAUCAUCUUAUGAUAGAAUGAAUCAAAGCUUUGACGGAAUUCCUUCGUCGUUGAAAAAGUCUCCUCCUUAUGGACUCUCAGGACAUCAGAGUAAUGGAACACGCCAACAGCAAAUGCGAUCACAACGCGAUCGCGACAUGGAACUCGAGCAUUUCAGACGCUUGCAGCAACAGUUGAAGCAACAAGAACAACAACUCAAUAACUACAAGCUUCACAAGUCGACUCUGGAUAUAAACAGAAAUAUGAUGGCACAAGGCCCUAAUGAAAUGACUUAUUCACAACCAUAUCCAUAUGGUAAUUCACACAAGUCAAAUUCGUAUGCCGAUGUCAUGUCUGCUGACAUGGCGCAAAAGCGACAAUACAAAGAAACGUUGAUGCAACAGCAGCAGAAGAACAUACACUAUGGUAGUCAUUCGUCUUUACCUUUCACAUCUGGCGCCCCUUCUACCAAACCAGCAACUAGAUCAUCGCGGGAACAAGAUUUUGUAAAGGAGUAUGAGGAAAUCGCUAGGAAACGGGCAGAGUUGGAAUAUGGGUUGCAAAAGCUAAAGAGAAGUGAUAGAAGGGCACAAAAAUCCCCUAAAUCGAAUCCCAAAUAUCCCAAUUCUUCCAGAACUAAGGACGAGCAUUCCAUUGAUUCAUAUGACUCCAUUGAGGAGCGUCAAAGACAAUCUCGCGAUGACUUGAGCAAGAAAAUGUCAAGCUGUGUAACCGAUGAGGACGAUGAUUUGGACCGCGGUGUUGAGGCAGGCAACCCAUUAAUCAAUUAUGUCAAUUCCAGUAAUCACGUGAACAGAGAUGGCAAUGAGUCCCCACCGCCUCCUCCACCUCCAAAGCACUCUGCUUAUUCUAAAUCUCAAUUUUCUGAAAGAGACUUGCAUCAAAUGGGCUCCAAACAGCAAAUGAGAAUUCCUUUCAACGGUGGUGACUUUCAAGCGUCAAAUCAUCAGGAUGUCGCGUGUAUUAACAAUGACGAUGACUAUUAUCGCUUGUAUAUGCAACACGAGGAAUUGAAAAACUCCAUCAAGUCGUUACAAAGUGAUGUGAUGAACUUGUCGGAGUUGAGUGCGACUAGUGCCGGCUCAUUCAUGAGACACAAGUAUGAAAGAGACUUGCAGGAAAGUCAGUCACGCAUGAAGGGGAUGAAUAUAGAGGAGGAUGUUUAUGAUACGUCAAUGGUUCACGACUUGGAUGACGAGGACUUUGGAUCAGAGUCUAAAUCAGACGUCAUGAGUGCGGUAUUUGAAGACAAGAGAAAGACAAAUGGAAAUAUUUUCAAAAAGUUGUUGAAAAGAUCAACACAAGAUCAAUUGAACCCUAUUGAGCAGAGAUUGCAACGGCAGGAUGAAAUCGAUUUGGUCAGUUACAAGAUGGAUCUUAAUAGAAUGAACUCGUUAACUUCAAAGGAAAAGCAAGGUAGAACCAAGCGAGUUGUCAAGAGUGAAGCCAAUCUAGUUGUUAAGCCAUUGGACUAUAUAUCAGAGAUAAACACCAAUGAAACAACUGGAUAUAGCCAAGGAAAUGAUGGUUUAGUUACUGAUGAUGAUAACAACGACUACAUUGACUUGUCAACAAUUCCUUACUCCAAAAUUGAAGCAUUCAUUGCAAAUUAUGGUAUUCGUUACGAUUUGAAUGAAUUCAUAUCGGACGUUUCUGUCAAAUUUCAUAGUUUUGAAUUAGCCAAGAUUCGAUGCGUCUUGCUGCACUUGUGCAAAUUUCAUAUAAUUGAGGAGGAACCUGGAAGUGGAGAAGAUCAUGCUUCGACUGGGAUUUCUCAAGUUAAGCCGAAAUUGAAGGAAGUGCAACUUAAGGGAGAAGCAUCAAUCUUUCAAAUCAACUAUAUUUUCAAAAAGAUUCUUGAUGCAUUAAGAAUACCUUGUGAGAUUGUCUUGGGUUUUUGGAAGAAGCCGAAUGAGUUCUAUCACAAUGAACAGUACGUCAUCAAUCACUGUUGGUUGUCAGUGCUAGUAGAGGACAGAUUCCGUUUGAUUGACAUAUACAACUUCAAAACCCCUUCAAUUAGUAAUUUACAAGAUGUUAAUUACAAUGAGUUUUACUUUCUUGCACAACCGUUAAGCUUGGUGUCAACUCACAUUCCCUCAAUAAUCGAUUUGCAACAUGUCACCCCGCCAAUUGACCCAAGUAUUGCAUUUUAUUUACCACGCACAUAUUCUGGAUUCUAUGCUAAUGAUUUAUCGUUCCACAAUUUCAACAAUGCCUUGACAAGAUUAAAAGAUUUGGAAAUAUUUGAAUUGGAGUUGUAUGUGCCAACCGACGUGGAGUUGUUCACUUUGGUCAAGACAUCAAAGAUUACCACAAACGAUCUAAGUUUGUGUCAAAUCAAGUGGGUUAAUCAUAGGCGUAUGGCCAAAGUAAAAGCCAUCCUCCCCAAAAAUGAAUCUAUUGGGGUGUUGCAAAUAUUUGCCGGAUCUAAAGGAUUACAAAAGCAUUUCGACAAUAUACACCAGCUCGCAAUAGUGAUUCCGUUGACGCAUCAAGGCACAAACAGGCAAACCAAAUUUGUUCAACGCUUCCCCACGGUACAAAGCCAAUUGAACGAUUUAUACAUUGUUAAACCACAAGCCAACAAGUUAUUGUUGAAAGACACGUACACGUUUCAAAUUGAGCAGUAUCCAAGUCAAGGUUUGCGUUAUGCAGGUAAAUUGGCAACGUUACCAGAUUUCAAAGUUGUAAUUGAGUCUCCACUGGGGAAAUAUUUCAAACUUACCCGCGAUGAGGGUGAUGAAGCCGAGCACGGUGGAGAUGGAAGAAUUACUGAUUCUGUCCAUAAACCAUUCGGAACUUUUUCAUCGAAUAUCAAGUGUCUGGAGCUUGGUGUCUAUCGGGGGUUGGUUAUUGGCGAUAAUGGAAGUAGUUGGUAUGUGUUUGCCCAGUGGGAGAGUGUUCAAAGUUUAGGAAUGUAA